AUGCGACCCUCUCCGAGCCUGCUGCUGGCUUUCAUCAGCGCAUGCUGUACAACCUCAGCCAACCCGCUGCAGAACAGCCGACAUAAACAACACGCGCCUCCGCGUCGCACGUCUCCCGCAGAAGUAUUCCGGUCCACCGAGGACACCGCGCCGGUCCCGACACCAGCUCCCAAGCUUCGUUACCGAAACGCAAAGAUUGAGCCUCGAUCAAAGGGCCCAGAUACGUGUGGAUUCUGGUCUUCUUAUGGAGAAACCGAUUGGCAGACUCUGGUAUGCAACACUGCGGCAUCGUGUCAGACGUCAGGGACCGUUUUUGGAUGCCGCGACGAGCCAUACACGGGAUGCAUAGACGCGAGCAGCCCGUCAAGCUUGAAAUCUUUGUGCGGGAACGAUGAAUCUUACGACGGGAAUAUUUGCUGCGUAACGGUUGCUGAGCCGACAUGUUUCAUGUUCGUUCAGAAUUACGGAUUAUCGAGUACGGUCACAAAUCACAGAUGCUGGCAAAGCAUGUUUGGGCAAUGGAACGCCCAGUACCUCGACACAACUACAGGCUCGGUUGCGAUCACCUCGAUUGUGAUAACGAGGACUGCCCUGGUGUUAAAGACCCUAUCAUCAACUGCAUCCUCAGCAGCGGAAGCUGCAUCAGAAUCAUCUUCUUCAGGCGGUUCAGGCGUGUCAGGAGGCGCCGUCUCGACGACUGGUGCCAUCGUGGGUGGUGUUGUCAGCGGCGUCGCCGUGAUCGCCAUCGCAGUCUGCGUUAUCGUCUGGCUCAUACUCAGACAUAAGAGACAACGCAAGGAAGAAUAUGCGCAUCCCAUGACACCGGGUCCUCUAGAGCAAUUCUCUAUGCAGCCGUACGUCGCCUCCCCCGGUUCCGGUACGCCACGCUAUCUGAGCGGGUUCUACGAGCCAGAAAAAUACCAGCCCGUGCCGAUUAUCGACCCAACUUCUAGUGAGGCGCGGGGAUCGCCGAGCAUCAGCCAUAGCAGGGUCAAUGAUAAUGACAACGGCGAUCGAAUUGAGCUCGCAUCAUGA